AGGAUCCGGCACAUCCUUAAACAACUUAUGCAAUUUUUUGAGGGACAAAAAUUACAGACCAGCCCAUUUGAAGGGCAAAACCGUGCAAUUUUUUUAUAGUAAUUUCUAUCAACUCAAGUUGGUCGAAAAAACCCAAAAGUAAUUUCCUAGAAAGUGAACUACAGUGCAUGUUUUAAUAAAGUUGACCCAAGAAUUAAGUCUCCUAGAAGAAACCAUUAAAGCUGUGGGUAUGUGUAGAGCUCUGUUUAUCUUUACUAAAAAAUCAUCCCUUCAUUCUUGCAUCUUAUCAAACCUUAGUUCAUCCAUGGAUACUCAUUUUACUCAAGGAGAAUCAUCUACAUUCUCCAAGUUCUUUUAUGAUGUAUUUCUGAGUUUUAGUGGUAAAGAUAUUAGAAAAACAUUCUUAGGCCAUCUUGAUCACAGAUUGCGUCAACACGGAUUUCAAAUCUUCAAAGAUGAUAAGAGUUUAAGAAAGGGUGAUGUGAUUUCACCGGCACUAGAGGAAGGAAUUGAAAAUUCAAGGAUUUCCAUUGUUGUUUUGUCAACAAAUUAUGCUUCGUCUCGUUGGUGUCUUGAUGAAUUGGUUAAAAUUCUUGAAUGCAAAGAGAAGUUAAAGCAGCGAGUUAUGCCUAUCUUCUAUGAUGUUGAACCUACUGAAGUGCGAAAGCAAACUGGGAAAUUCGUUGAUGGAUUUGCCAAGCUGAAGGAACGAUUUGAGGAUCAAAAUAUGGAGAAGUGGAAAGCUGCACUUAAUGAAGUUGCAAAUUUAUCUGGAAGCGAAUUGCGAGUACUUGCUAAUGGGUGUGAAUCAGAAUUUAUUGGAACUAUUAUACAAGAUGUCAAAAAGGAGGUCAGCCAGAUGCCUAUGGAUGUUGCUUUUCACCCAGUUGGAGUAGAUUCUCGUGCCAAAGUUAUAGAGUCAUUUUUGCAAAAUGGACAAUGUGAAGAUGAAGUUCGCAUGGUUGGUAUACAUGGAGUUGGUGGAAUCGGAAAAACAACUCUGGCAAAAGAAAUGUUCAAUCGGUUAUUGUUAUCUCAACAUGUAAACUUCGAUGGGAGUUGCUUCCUUUCAAAUGUUCAUUCAGAAGGUGAAAAAAAGGGUCUAGACAAUCUACAAGAGAAACUUCUCAAUACACUUCUCAAAACUGAGGACGUCAAAGUUAACAAUGUUGAUGACGGCAUCACCAAAAUCAGAACAAGACUCGGUUCAAAGAAGGUUCUACUUGUUCUUGAUGACGUGGAUCAUAUAGACCAAUUAAAUUUCUUAGCAAGAGAAAGAAUUUGGUUUGGUUCGGGUAGUUUAGUAAUCAUUACGACCCGAAACAAGCAAGUGCUAGACCAGUUUGGAGAAAAAGACCUGAGAUAUGAGGCCAAACUAUUAGAUAAAGAUGAAGCUAUGUCACUUUUUUGCAAGCAUGCUUUUGACAAACCUUCUCCAUCACAACAUUAUGUGAAUUUGGCACUAGACAUAAUCAAAUAUGCAGGUGGGCUACCAUUAGCUCUUGUGAUAUUGGGGUCACAUUUGCGUGGAAGAUCAAUAGAAGAAUGGACCUACGAAUUCACAAGACUAAAAGAUAUUCCUCAUAAUGACAUCCAAAAGAUUCUCAAGAUAAGUUUUGAUGGACUUAAUGAUGAUGCGAAGAUUGUUUUUCUUGAUAUUGCGUGUGCCUUCCAACACUUCUCGGAGUAUAAAGUUACCAAAAUACUAAAUGCAUGUGGUUUUCAUACUGAAAGUGAAAUUGCAACUUUAGUCCAAAAACACUUGCUCCAAAGGGAUGGGUUUUAUUUGGUGAUGCAUGAUCUAGUGCGAGGUAUGGGAAGAGAAAUCGUUCGCUUGGAAUCAAUUCAAUGCCCUGGAGGACGGAGCAGAUUGUUCAUCCCUGAAGAAGUCAGUGCUGUUCUACGAGGAGAUAGCGGUACCGAGAAAGUAGAAGUACUGAUGUAUGAACCUUGGGCAUUAAAGGGUGUGAGCACUGAGGUAUUUCAGAAAAUGAAAAAUCUUAGGGUGCUUGAAAUCGAUGGUUUAUGUGUGAGUGGAGAUUUGGGGCUGUUCCCCAAGAAGCUCAAAUGGUUGUCUUGGGAAUUCUGUCCUUUAAAAUGUAUACCAUCAAAUUUUCCAGCUGCGAAUCUUGUAUUUCUAAAUUUGGAGUUCAGUGCUAUCAGAGAGUUUGAUCUGAAUUUACAGUGCUGCCCAAAGUUGAAGCAGCUCAAUCUCUCUAAUUGCCAGCACCUCUGGAAAACUCCAAAGUUCAAUGGUGCAGAAAGUCUUGAGAUUUUGUUGCUUCACGGUUGCUUAAGUCUGACGGAGAUUGAUCAAUCAAUAUGCCAGCUGAAAUCCCUUCAAGUCUUGGACAUUAGUAGGUGCGAGAAGGUACAAACACUACCAUCAAAUUUUUCAGCUGCGAAUCUCGUAUUUCUAGAUAUGCAGAGGAGUGCUAUCGGAGAGUUUGAUCUGAAUUUGCAGUGUUGCCCAAUGUUGAAGGUGCUGAAUCUCUCUGAUUGCCGACGCCUCAGAAGUACUCCAAAGUUUAAUGGUGCAGAAAUUCUUGAGACUUUGCUGCUUAAAGAUUGCAUAUGGCUGACGGAGAUCGAUCAAUCAAUAUGCCAGCUGAAAUCCCUUCAAGUCUUGGACAUUACUAAGUGCCGUAAGUUACAAACACUGCCAGUCGACCUUGGAGAUGUGCAAAGUCUAAGAUCUCUUCGUGCAAGUAAGACGGGUAUAAAACAAUUACCUAAAUCUGUUGAAAAGCUAAAAAAUCUUGAAACUUUGGAAUUGGGAUUUUUGAAUGACGGAAGGAGUUUUCCUCAAAUAGGAGUCAUAGAAUCCUCGCCGACUUCUCUUUAUUAUGGUUUGUCUGAGGCUGAUAUUCAUGUGGAUAUUGGGAGUUUAUCCUCCUUGAUAUCUUUAGAUCUGAGUGGCAACAGUUUUCAUCAUCUACCCUUUGAUUUUUCUAAGUUACGAUUCUUGAAGGUCUUGCGUUUGAAUGACUGUAAGAAUCUUCAAACACUCCCGUCAGUAUCAAAUUUAGAGAAUCUUGAAACUCUCGAACUUACAAAUUGUGAGAAUCUUCGAACACUCCCGUCAGUAUCAAAUUUAGAGAAUCUUGAAACUCUCCAACUUACAAAUUGCGAAAAUCUUCAAACACUCCCGUCAAUAUCAAAUUUAGAGAAUCUCGAAACUCUCGAUCUUAGGAAUUGCAAGAAGUUGGUCGACAUUACAGGGUUGGACAACCUCCCUUCUAUAAAGCGGAUCGACAUGAUCGGUUGUGGCUCUCUGCCGAAUCCUUUCAAUGAAGGCUUCUUUAGUGCACACGCUCAAUCAUUUCCAUCUAGAAACUAUCCACAUAAGGGGUUCGAAAUUAAACUCCAAUGCAAUGAGAUUCCAGAUUGGUGCAGCAACCAAGUUGCAGCUCCAUCUAUCUGUUUGACUGUCCCCAGACAUGAUAAGGAGUAUAAGUUCUUAGGAAUGGUUCUCUGGCUUGUUUGCGACUCUUGGAGAGGAAGCUUUGUUGUUUCUGUAUCCCAUAGAGAGAGAGAAUCUAUGCCGUGGUCUUAUGAUAUUGAUGGCCAUGAUGGCCAUGGAGAACUAUCAUGUGUAUAUUUCAUAUCUUACUUAGAUAGACCUUUUGAUGGCCAAAUGAUCAAAGGCGAGGAAAAGAUAACAGUCCACCGGGAGGACGAUUGGUUCUCUUACAUAGAGAUAAAGAAGAUAGGGAUACAUCUGUUAUACUUAGACCAACAUGGUAAUGUUACAUCUUUGCCGGGAAAGGUGGAUCAUUCUUAUUCUAAGUUUCCAGAAUAAUGUUGAGCAGGGCAUAAAAGAGCAAAGUUGAUUUGAACGAGUCAGCCCCCGUUCGCUCCAGUCAAUUCUUGAGUUUAGUCGAUCCUGGUAUCUGGGAGAUAAACCUCAUUUAUGGAGUGUCGCAGCACAGGUAAAGGAAUGAAAAUUCCAAACUGCUCUUUUUUCAACCACAUUAUGCGCGAUUAGCUUGAUCGGGGUGUGGAUAAAGGAGCAAGUUUGGAAAUACUGAAGAAGGACCAUUUGUUAUUCACUUUUUAAAUUUUAGAUAAUGUACGAACAAUGAAUUAAAAACCUCAAUUUUUUUUCAUAAGUAUAACUUCCCAGUGUAAUCCCAAGUCAUCCGUAAUAUGUCCAACUUAGUAUAUGUACGAAGACUUAUGUGUAAACCACUGGGCCUCAUUUUGGUUUGUGACAGAUUUAAGUAAUUAGUGUUGACACCCAAUUUUGUCCCGCCUCUCUUCCAAAAUACCUAUUUACGCCUCUAAUAUUUUUUAGAAAAAUUAAAAUAUAUAUAUAGUCAUUUUUUACUAAAUUAUCAACUUCUCAUCAAUACCGGCACUUUAUUAUUCUGUUGCAGUUACUAUUAUUAUUAUUAUUAUUAUUAUUAUUAUUAUUAUUAUUAUUAUUAUUUAUUACUAUUAUUAUAAUUCACAAUUUUAUCAUUUUUUUUUUAGUAUUUUUUUUUACCAGCUUACGCACACGCAUCGCAUUUAUCUUUUUUGUGUAAUUAAAUAAUAGUAUUUAUUUUACUGUGGAUUUUCAAAAUAUUAUUGCACGGCUAUUACAACGCCAUCUUUUUUUUAUAUCUGAGCAUUAAUGAUUGCAUAUCUCAUAUUGAGCAAUAUUUUAACACAAGUUAUUUAAACAGGUCUUUAUUUAAAUUUAGAAACCAAACUAUUUUUUGUGCACGUAGUCCGUAUUUUUGACUUACCGGACCCCAAAUCAAAGUCGGAUUAACUCCUAAUAUUUUUUGGACUAGACCUUGUUUUUUAUCUCAAUUUUUAGACCAGUACAUGUUUUAAUUCACUAAUCCAUCCUUUUAAAACCCGGUCCACAAAUGGACCGGGUCCGAUAUAUUUUCAUCAAAAUAAGGGAAACCUAAAAAGGGUUCCCCUCAUUUUUUUUUCCUCCGCCGCUCCCUUCCUCUUUCUCUCUUCUCAUUCAUCAUCUUCAUCAUCUCCAUCCCCCACCACGCCGUUCCCUUUACCCCACCACCGCCGCUCCUUUUCAUCACCUCCCAACCCCACCAUCGUCGUCUGCUCCCCCCGCUCCUCUUCCGUUUCCCCCCGCUCCUCUCUCUCUCUUCGUCACAAGAAACCCUAAAAUUCGCCCUAUAUAUAAUCGUUUUCCAAGUCAAGAAAAGGGGAUCUUUUGGGGGGGAUUCAGGAAAUUCCCUCUAGAAAUUAAAGUUUGAACACCCCAAAGUCUUUUUUAUUUUUUUUCAAAAAACAUCAAAUUCGCAGUUCGUUGUGAUAGUUCGAAUAUCGGAUCAAAAAAUACUCAAACAAUUUUUAUCUAUUCCGUGGAUUGCCGUAAAUCCGAGUCUCGCAACAUCAAAUUUGAAGUGUUUCGAGUGUGAAUCGAAGAGCCGCACCCACUUCGCUGCAUCCAAAGAAGUUUCAGUUUUAAUAGCAUUCGUAUAUUCAUACAAGCUCAUGCGUGGAUGAUCAUGUUAAUAACGUUUCAGUUUCUGACUUGUUGGCAUGCUCAUAAUUAAGGUCUGUUUCAUUCAGUUAUAUGAUGUCUUUGGUUUAGAAAACAUGUUAAGUUGGUUCUCUGUGUAUCUUAAGUACGAAUGAUAGCCUAAAUGUUAUGCGUUAGGGUAAAUAACAUCAUGCUAAUUACUGCUGUUUGUUUAAAGCCCGAGAAAGUUUAUUAUCAUGAAUGUAUGUUGUUUGUUUAAACCUAAGUUUGAUCUGUGUUAGAGUGUGUACCUGUGAACAUAUGAUAUGAUGUCACUUUUCCUUCAAUGUUGGUGAUAUUAGUUUGGGAUUAUUCCCUUGCGUUCAAGAAUGAAAGCAUAGAUCAGUCUUUGAACCCGAUAAUUCCUUUUUUUUUGUUGAAUGAUAUGUUUGCAAUGUUGAGCUUUAAAUGUAUGCCAAUGUGUUUAUAUGGCUCAUGAGAACCUCUGUAUUCUUUCCAUGUUGUCUGAAGUUGAAUGAGGAAUUUGAGUUGCUUUUGUAUGCUUGGCCCCUUUAUUUCAUGAAUAUCAUAGCAGUUUUUUAAGGAGUAAAUAUGCUGAGUGUAUUUAUAUAUAUCUUCUGUAAAUGUAUGUAUACAUGUACGUUUAAGGCUACUUAAAAAUGAGUGAUGUGUUCUGCUGCCUACACUGCCUCUCCCCCUCCCUUCUUCUUCUUGUUUGGCACUGUCACGAUUAAGUAAACAUCAGAUAUGCACGAUAUAUAUACUUUAUAUGUACUCUAGUGUAUAUGAGGUUGUAUAUUGUGUAUACCCAUUGUGUAUGGUACUAUUCUUGAUAAGAUGGAAUUGAUAUGUGUCGAACCGGGCUGGUCCUUUAAUGCUACAUUCUUAAUCACUGUUUUGGGCUUUUCUCUACCAUCAUUUGCAUUCUACUUGUCUUUAAGUGUAUUUGGACUUUUCUUUUCCUAUCUGCUUGUUCUUUCUUGAUUUUCUUUAUGCAAUACAGCAGAUACCACUAUGUUAUACUUGAUAUAUACGCUAAUAUGUGUGAUCAUGUCCAAGUGCUCUCCCUUUAAAUUCAUGACGAAUUAGUUAUUAAAUGAAGAUACCCUCUAACCUCCAUUUUCCUUUUCCUUCUCAUUUUUUGCAUGACCAUCGCAUACGAGUUCGAGGGACUUGUCUCCUUUUCCGCACUCGGUGUUGGGUCAAGGCCCAACAUUAUCUCCUCUCGGGUCAAUCUACACCUACAGCGGAUAAAAUAUUCUGGGCUAAGCCCAACAGCAGCCACGGAUCCGCAGCAGCACAUAAAAGAAAUCUGCUGGGCCGAAGCCCAACAGUAAACAGUUUCCAGCAGUGGCCCAAAUAGGCCGGACCCAUUUAACAGCAGCCCUUCUUAAAAUAUGGGCUGAGCCCAUUUUAAAUUAUCUCUCCUUUAUUUAUUUUGUGCAUUUAAUUUGUAUACUAACCGUUUGUUUGUUUUUAUUUAGUUUAUAUAAACCUUAAUGAGUUAAUAGAUUUAGUUUAGUAAUGGGUAGUUAGUUUAAAGAAGACUAAUAAUUAAUCCCAUAAGUUUCAUUUUCUUCUUUUCACAUUAAAGUUAUUUAUAGAAUCUAUAAUAUUUACUUCUAGAAUAAUUGAUAGUAUAAAUUAAUAUAUUUUUUUAAAGGAAUCAUAUUUUAUUUCUUGUUAUCUUAAUUUCAAAACACCACUAAUACGCAAAAUAUAAAUUCAAGCAUAUUUCAUAAAUAACCCUUUUAAGUUUGAAUCAAUCACGCAUAUUUUCAGCUAAGCGUAGUUAUUCAUCGUUAAUAAGAAAUGGUAAAGAAAACUCACUUUCUUUUAAUCCUAUUUAUAAGCUUAGAUUUUUCUACAUCGCUAUAAUCAAAUAAUACGAUUUAUUCAAAGUUUCAAGCUGUCAAAUCUCUUCUCAACAGCUAUUAUUUAUGGGCAAAUUAUCAUAUUUUAUACAAAUCUUAUAUUAAACAGCAUUUUAUUUUAAAGUUUAGCCACAUUUAUAAGUCUUCUUUAAAUGACAUUUUUUAUCUUAACAAUGCUUAUAAGUUUUAUUUCAUGCAAAUUAUCACAGUUCCUAUAAAUCUUAUUAAAAUAUUAUCUUUUAUUUAAGGCUUCAUCAAUAUUUUCAAGUCCCAUUUAAAUUUUUAGAAUCUUCACUUACACACGUUAUUAUGUUUUUCUACGAGUAUUAUUUUAAACAACACUAUUAUACUUUCAUCUAAAACCUUAACCACAUUCAUAAAUCCUAUUUUCAAAAAAAAUGGCAUUCAAAGUCUCUGUUAUACAAAUUAUUAUAUUUUCUAUAAAUCUUAUUUUAACUAACAUUAUUUUCUUUCAAAACUUUAGCAAUAUCUAAAAAUCAUUUUCUAAAUUUUAAGCAUUUUAUUUACUCUCAAUUAAUUAACCUAAGUUUGGUCGGAUAACCGUAAGUUAACGGAUUCUAAAGGAUGCCUAACCCCUUCCCUUUAGGAUAAUAUAGAGCCCUUACCUAGAAUCACACUGGUUAAGCAGACUAUUAAUUGAGGUUUAGUUUUAACUUUCCCUUAGUUAAUAUUUAGGUGUCCUAAUUCACCGUUAAAUUAAUUAGGUGGCGACUCCUUAAAACAAAAAUAAACAGGAAUCACCAAUACGUCAUACUCCCUAAAUCCAUCCGGAUUAAAAUGGGGUGUGACAAUUAGUACUUCCAUUGUGUGGCUAAAAGCACAUUGGUGAAAUUGCUUUGGGCCUUAAACUUAGGCAGCAUGCCAAAAGAUAGUUUGCAACUACAAACUAGGUGUAAAGUUAAGAAGCAUUUGAGAAUCAAGUGCUUAAAGUUUGUCAGCAUAUACUGGGGAAUGUCUAUCAAUUAAAGCAAAAUAUACUGGGGAAAGUACGUUCCCGCAGCUACCAUACUCUCAUCUCCAGAUUGCCGAUAACUUGUCCUGUUUUGUAGAUAAACUUAUUUUGUCUCAUAUUUGGUUUGUGACUAAUAUUUUACUUGCAUCUCAUAGUAUCUGCGGGAAGCAAUCUGCGAGUUGCUUUUGCAUCCGCAUCUGUGGUUGCACAACAUAUCACACUGUCUUGUGGCUUGCUACUUUGCCACUGUGACCGAGGCUUGUAAAGAAAACCUUAAAGGAACUUACUAUUUGAUGAGGUCAAGUAGACUUUUCUUCAUUGCUACUUCCCUUUGUUGUCCGCUGAAGGUGCUGCAGACUGAUGAUGCUGCCAGUGAUCUCAUUACUCAAAAUCUUGUCUUUUCAAUUUGCGCUCUGCAUUCAUUCUUAGGAAAAUAUGAAUGUAAAGAUCAAGACAAGUUCUGGUCCACCUUUGAACACGAUGAGCAGGGUCUUCUACGUAAGGCUUUUCAACAGCUUGAUUCAAGGAAAGGAAAAAACAUAUAUUUAUCUCUUGUGUCCGACCUUAGCGGUCAAGAAGACGAAAGCCAGCGCUACUUGGUCAUUUCCUAUUUGCUUAAGACAAUGGGGAAGAUUUCCCUUCAUGUGGAGGAUAGGCAGGUGGGUGGUUCUAUUUGCUCGACUCUAACAAUUUCUUAGCCUAGUCAUUGCUAUGGAAUUCACUUUCUCGAUUUUUCAAAAUAUAAUAUUUUUGGCCUUACUCUCCCAUAUGUUGUGCGAGGAGCGACUGUCUCAUGCUGCGGAAUGUGUGUCUUCCUUUGCAGAUGAAAAUUAUCUUCAAUUGUUUUAAAUCAAUUUCACCAAAGCUGAUAGAUCAGAAUAGAUUGUUGACUCCUGAAGGUGAGGCUGAUUGCCAAAGCUUUGCAUAUCAUAUGCUGUUGCCGCUGUACAAAGUUUGUGCAGGAUUUUGCGGAAAAGUUAUAUCAGGUAUAAGUUUUUAGGAAUGGUUCUCUGGUUGGUUUGCAACCGUAGUCGUCCAUUUGGAGAGUUUGUUAUUUCUGUAUACCUUAGAGAGAGAGAGAAUAUACGCCGUUGAGUACCCGUAUUGCUGGAAUAAUGAUUUACAAAGAAACAUCAUGCGUAUAUUACACAUCUUGCCUAAAUAGACCUUUUGAUGGCCAGAUGAUCAAAGGCGGGGAAGAGAUAACAGUCCACUGGGAUGACGGAAGGUUCUACGACAAAGAUGCAAUAAAGAAAAUGGGGAUACAUCUGUUAUUCUUAGACCGACAUGGUAAUGUCACAUCUUUGCCGGUGGACGUGGAUCAUUCUUAUACUCCGUUUCCAGAAGAAUAUUCAGCAGGGCAUAACAGAGCAAAGUUGAUUUGAAUUUGUAGCGUUGCCCAAGUUAAAGGAGCUGAAUCUCUCUGAUUGCGAGCACCUCAGAAAACUCCAAAGUUCAAUGGUGCACGAACUCUUGAGACUUGUGGCUGCAAGGUUGCUCAAGUCUGAUGGAGAUCGAUCCAUCAAUAGGAAAUUCAGUUAGACUAAUUGUUCUAUAUUCGUCUGGGUGCAGAAGGCUUACGGAACUUCUGAGCAGCAUAUGCCAGCUAAAUUUCCUUAAAACAUUGGAGUGCUUCAGAAUUACAUGAAGAACAUGAAAUUUGACAAGAAAGAUGGGCAGUUCUUAUCAAUCCUAGAUCCAUUUGUAAGAUUAUUGGGUGAAUGCUUGAACUCAAAAUAUGAGAAUGUCAUGUCUGCCACACUUAGGUGCUUAUCUCCUCUGGUGAGGCUCCCUUUGCUAUCACUUGAAUCUCAGGCUGAGAAGAUAAAGAAUUCAUUACUGAAUAUUGCUCAAGAUAUGAGCAUUCAACGGGGAGAGAGGCCAUCCUUGAAAUGCUUCACGAUGUUAUAAUGAAAUUCCCACUUAGCAUCAUAGAUGAACAAUCUCAGACGUUUUUUCUGCAUUUGGCGGAUUACACUGGGUUGUUGUUGUUGUUGUUGUUGGCGGUUUGUUUGCAAAUGAUCGUGACAACAGAGUCCGUUCAAUGACUGGUACGGUCAUAAUGUUACUUAUUGGAUGAGUCAGCCCACGUUCGCUCCAGUCAAUUCUUGAGUUUAGUCGGUCCUGGUAUCCGGGAGAUAAACCACAUUUAUGGAGUGCCGCAGCACAGGUUUUAGGGUUACUCACUGAAGUACUUAAAGAUGGUUUCCAAAAGUAUAUUGAUAGCCUCUUGCCUGUUUUGGGAAACAUCUUGCAAUCUGCUGUUAAUGUUCUUACAAAUAAGCAAGUGGAUCUACCGAAUGAUGCAGCGAUUUCAUCUUGGCAAGAAGCAUAUUAUUCACUGGUUCUGUUUGAGAAGAUAUUAAAUCAAUUUCCUAAGUUUGAAGAGUGUGUUUAAAAGUAUACUGGGGAAAGUACAUUCCCACAGCUAUCACACUCCCGUUUCAGAUUGCUGAUAACUUGUCCUCUUUUGUGGAUAAAUUCAUCGUCUCAUAUUUGGUUUCUGACUCUUACUAUUCAUCGUCUCAUAUUUGGUUUCUGACUCUCACUUUUACUGACAUCUCAUAGGAUCUGUGGGACGCAAUCUGCAAGUUGCUUUUGCACCCGCAUCUCUGGUUGCGCAACAUAUCAAACUGUCUUGUGGCUUGCUACUUUGCCACUGUGACCGAGGCUUGUAAAGAAAACCUUAAAGGAACUUACUAUUUGAUGAGGUCAAGUAGACUUUUCUUCAUUGCUACUUCCCUUUUUUGUCCGCUGAAGGUGCUGCAGACUGAUGAUGCUGCCAGUGAUCUCAUUACUCAAAAUCUUGUCUGUUCAAUUUGUGCUCUGCAUUCAUUCUUAGGAAAAUAUGAAUGUAAAGAUCAAGACAAGUUCUGGUCCACCUUUGAACACGAUGAGCAGGGUCAUCUACUUAGGCUUUUCAAACAGCUUGAUUCAAGGAAACUCUCAUGUCCGACCUUAGCGGUAAAGAAGACGAAAGCCAGCGCUACUUGGUCAUUUCCUAUUUGCUUAAGACAAUUGGGAAGAUUUCCCUUCAUGUGGAGGAUAUGCAGAUGAAAAUUAUCUUCACUUGUUUCAAAGCAAUUUCACCAAAGCUUAUAAAUCAGAAUAGAUUGUUGUCCCCUGACGGUGAGGUUGAUUGCCAAAGCUUUGCAUAUCAUAUGCUGUUGCCACUGUACAAAGUUUGUGAAGGAUUUGCUGGAAAAGUUAUAUCAGGUAUGUCUCUCAUGUAGUUAUAUCAGGUAUGUCUCUCAUGUCGAUUGAUUCAAUCUCUUGCAAGCUUAUUGUUUUAAGGUCCAUACUAUCUUUGAUGCAAAGUGGUAGUUGCACAAGUUUAUGAUGUUACCUUUUAGCCAUUUCGUUCAAUCAUAAUCCAAGAUUUGUUGGCUUGAAAGCACUUCUAGCAAAAAAAAAAGGUGGACAAAGGGAUACACUUCAUUUUGAAAGAAAGGUGACGGAUCCAUGCAUUCUGUUUGUCAGGAACUUGGAGCAGUCUAAGUUUCCGUUAAGUCAAUUUUCCCACCAUUUACAAAAUGCUCGUCACCUUCUUCUUGGUUUCAGAGUAAUUAAAUGUAUAUGUAAUGAUUACAUUUGCAUUGUGUCUACAGAUGACAUGAAACAAAUGGCUGAAGAAGUGCGCGGGAGCAUAAGCAAAGUUAUGUGAGUGCAGAGUUUUGUCCAAAUCUACAGUCAUAUAAGGAAAAAUCUCAAAUCCAAGAGGGAUGAGGAAACAAGAAGAGAAGGUGAUUGCUGUGGUUAAUCCAAUGAGAAAUGCCAAGAGGAAGCUGAGGAAUGCAGAAAAGCAUAAAGCACACAAGAAAAGGAAAAUGAUGGCAAUGAAGAUGGGAAGAUGGAUGUAGUUAGUUAGACUAUGCUAGGUGUGAAAAAUUGAGCAUCUUCAACACGAAGAAGGGUGGAUUCCAUCUGGGAGUGAGAGUUGGUGUCAAUGUCACGCCUUGUCAUCAGAUCACAAAGUAAAUUUUGGGGCUGAUUUCACCCAGAACCCUCUGCAGCCCGAGGCAGGCCUCCCCUAAGUAGGCUUCUAUAGAAAAUUUUGUUUAAUUUAUUUGAUCAACUUUUUCAUUGUAUAGUGCUACUAGUUGCACUACGCAUAGUUAAAAAUGGAAUCUGUAUAGUGAAUAUAGUGGCCCUUUCAUUAGCCUACAAUGCAAGAGAACAUUGUAACUGAUUGAACAGCGUAAUUCAAGUAAUUUAAGUAAUUGGGAAUAGUCUUGGAGAA